GAAAUAAAACCACAAAUGAAGUCCUUCAUAAUCACACAAUCUGUUGGAGAAAGAACCAUUUUCCAUAUGACCACAGAAGCAUUAUUCCUGCCCCCUCUUGGCUCUGGGCUGAAGCACAUCAGCCAGGAGAGCUCAGAAGUGGAUGAAUUCAGGCAGAUGGUGGGAACCAAGAAUGUGGUUGAGGAUGUUUCUAUAACCUCUGAACCCAGUAAUCCAUUGAUACCCCCACUUGAAGAUGCCAGCAGUCUCAUUGCCAAAAAAAAUACAGUAGAAGAAUUAUCCAAUUUAAUACAAAAGGAUGCCCCUGUGGAGAAAACCUCAUCUCCAGUCAUGCUUUCACAAGGAAUGGAUAUGGCACCUGUCUACAACCAACUAGACCAAGGGCAAGAGGCUAGCCGGAUCAAGAUGCCAAAUGUCUGCUCAGAGCAGCAGAAAGAAGAAAGUACUUCAUGUCAGCUGGCACAAGGAGAGACUGGCAGUUGUCUUGAGUGUCAUGACAAUAUUUUAAAUGUUUUUCCAGAAUUCAAGCACUCAAAUGGAACCUCAAUACAAGAGGUCCAAGGAGUGGAGACCAACCUGUAUCACUGCUCUGAUAAAGUUCCUGUUGUGCCUGCUGAUUUCCUGAAACCUUUGGAAUGUGUCCAAAAGGCUAAAAAGAAUCCUCUUGUUUAUGAUGGAACUAUUUCAGAUGUUGCUUCAGAGCAACAGACCUCCAAAGACAUCUCUAAUCAACCAGAUCAAAAGAUAGAAGAUGACACUGUAGAUCAUUCUGUCCAAUCUUUUGAUGUGUAUUCAGAUUCACCAGAGAAACCAGAACUUUCCAGUAGCCUCAAACAAAUUCCUGCCUGUGAAGAGAAAAGCGAAGGUCUCACUUCACCUAAAUCUCUCAAUUUGUUGUGUCUGGAGACCAAUUGUCAAAACCAAACAGGGGAGGGAGAGUGUUUUAUCUCCAGUCAUUCUAAUUUUGAUUUGACAGGUGAACUUCAGGGAACCUUUCAUCCUACCAACAUUCAUGAAGAAAUAAAGUCAAGUUGCCAAAAAAUUACAGAAACAGGUAAUGAAGAAAUAAUGCCCAAUAGAGAGAAUGACCUUUUACCUUCAGAAAACUACCAGAAUCAUGUCAAUGAGAAGUUUUUGAGAAAAGCUUUGGAAGAUAAUUCUCAGGCAACUGAUGAGCAAGUCACCCAAGAUUCUUCCUCCAGUCCAAAUUCAUCUUCCCUGGCAUUAGCAGGCUCCAAGCUAGAUGUUGACAUCUGCUGCCAGCAGAGGGCAUCAGGUACAGGUUGUGACACUCUACCUCAGAAACAGUCGGCACGGUCUCCUGUGGCAACCAAUGACUCCUGUGGACCUGCCCACCAGGGCCUGGCUCCUGUAUGUGACGGGCAAGACAGGGAAGGAUUGGCUAUUCAUGAGUCAAGAGGAGCUGGCAAUAAUAAUCAGUCCCAGGGUGAGGUUGGAGCAGAGUGUGUGCUGGAAUCUGAGAGGCAAAAAGAAGCGACCAGGGACUCUGAGCCUGGAGAAAAUACCAGCCAGCCAGAGGAAGCAGAGAAUCUGACUGGUGCCAACAAACUGGACAAAGCAUUUCCUGACUCACAAAGCCUGACGGGUACAAGUAAUCCAACUUGUCCCAGAGAGGCAGCUGGUGCAAUGGUUUUAGCCAGUGUUGAAGAUCUGCUAGAUACCAGGAACAGAGCAGACUCUCGAGGUUUAGCUAAUGCCUCUUUAGCUAAUGGGUUAGAUAUUACUACAGAGAAUUCUGGCUUGAAUCCAACACCAAGAAAGGGAUUACUUCUUGAUGUUGCAGACCCCACCAGUAGCAGAGAUCUGGUGAGCCCAGAAGAUCCAACUCUUGCUGCACCUCCUGCUGAGGAACACUUGGUGACUGAAGAAUCAGAUUGCCCCACAGACCUGAUGGGAAAUAAUACCUAUGAGCCUGAGAACCCUUCUCACACUACUGAGACCCCAAUUGAGCGAGAGAUCCGUGUACAUCUGGAAAGGGAAGAACUUCUACGAAGGGAGAGAGGCCUGGGCAGUUCUCGAGGUACCCAGGAAUAUGUGGAAGUGUGCAUCAAACCUAUCUUGAACCAAAGUAUGGCAUCCUCCAUAAAACCGAAGGAGAAGGAGCGUCAGUGGGCUGGUGUCCAGAUGCAGAGGGAGAUUCAACGGGAGUGUCGGCGUGAAGAGGACCUAGUGCAGUUGGGCAAGGUGAGAGGUACCUAUGACCGUGGUACACCCCAAGAACUGCAGGAGAAGAAGAUGAUUUUUGAGCAAUAUUCCCACCCUGAGACACCAGACUUCAAAAAGGUGGUGCAUAGCAGCGGCAGCAACAGCUGCACAGAAAAUGCAAGGGGACCAUCUUUUGCUGAGCUCAAUCGGAUGUCCAAUAUGAUCAUCCUGGACUCUGGUGUUUUAGCAGAACCAAAGCAGCAUACGCCAGGGAGAGCCUCCUUGGCUAGCCCCUUUUUCUGCUUGCGUGCCAAAAGCUCUCAGUCUCUGUUGGAUCAGGAGGUCCGGGAGGUCCAGGAACGAGAACGGGAGCUGCAGAGGCAGAGGCUCGCCCUGUAUGGCUCAUCAUUGCCUUGCCACCCAGCAGAAGACUCCAAUGAGGAAGUUCCCUCCCCACCAGAGAGACCUUCCUGCAAGAAACUGGAGGUCACUUGGCCCCCUCCAAGCACUUCAGAGAACAUUCAGGUGAAUGGCCUCCACCAGAAGAGGACCCUGGAAGUGCCCUAAAUGGCCAACAUGCUGGUACCACCACUAAAGGACAAGAUUGCAAGUUGUGCCUUUGCUGCAACGAUUUGGAAUUUAUUUAUUUAUUUAUUGUUUAUUUAUUUAUUUAACAUAUUUCUAUCCUGUUUGAUUUCAGUCAAGCCAACAGAGAUACAUGUUAAAAAUACAAAAGAGCAACCAUAUAAUUAAAACAAUCACAGAUUUUAUAAAACUUCAGGGUUUUUUUUUACACCGGGGCUGUUAGAAAUGCUGUCAAAUGAAAUAACACACAAGUCUUUAGACUGUACAGCUGCAGUCCUUAAACAAAUCCAUUCUAUAUUUUUCAGUGACAUAUCUGGAGCAGUGGAUGAUUUCUUGAGUUAAAAAUAAGUUUUUAACUUCUUCUUAAAACAAACCAGAGAAUGAAGUAGUUCUAAUUCUAGAAGGAGGGAAUUGUGCAAGGUUGGUGCUGUCACCAAGAAAGCCUUACACCUAGUCAAUUCUUGGUAAGCCUCCCUCUGGGUUAGUUCCUAUAGUCAGCACUUCCAGGAAAGUUAGAAAAGUCAACUGGCAACAAAUCUCUGUGCAUCUUAAAUUUGACUAAAAUUUCAGGAAUCUGGUGUAGCUUUGCCAGAGCAGGUGACCCAUGAUCUUGUCAGGAAAUAACUCUGAGAAGUUUCAUCAUCAAAAAUUAGGUGAACUGUGGUCCGUUGGCAGAUUACAAUCUAGCUUUAGUCCAUAACUGCUGUACAUCAUGGCAUAAAAUUGAAUGGGGCUCAGAUUGUCAUUCAUCCAUCAAUCACCAUGCCAGUCUCCACUUUGAAUAGCUUGCCUAAGAGCGUGUAAAUGUAAAGGAACAAGCUUACUUGGUCUCAAGCGUGUGAUCUUUUUUGUGUAAUAUGAGAAAGCAUGACAUACCCAGCUCCCAUUUGCAUUAGAAAGAGAAGCAGAUUCUGUCUGUGUUUUCUGCUAAGGCAGUAAUCCUGAUGCAUUUACUGUGAUGUGCAUCCACUGAAUCCAGCCAUACUCUGGAUAUAUUUAUUUGUUUGUUUGUUUCCUGCCCUUAAUAUAUUUGCAAAUAACUCAAGGCAGUAAUGCAUUGCAUAGACUUGUGAACUGGCAAAUAGAAACCACAAUUCCCAAACUACAGUAGCAUUUGAGGUGGAAAUUUUUCCUUUUAAGAGCAGAUCUAGGAAAAAACUUAAUUUUCAAUAAAGCAUACAAAGGGUAUAUUAGACAUGUGAUUAAGUUUUAUGAAUUAAUUUUUUUUAGAAUUUUAGAAUUAUGUUAGGAUCAUAAUAAUUGCCCAUUAAAGGCAACUACUGAUGUUGACAGUGCAAUCAAAUUGUAUUCUUUGGAGGUUGGGAAAAAUAAAUAUUAGCUUAAUAGGAAAAAUGAUGCUGAGUGCUUUUCUUUGUUCUGAACUAGUCAUGGCAGCAUACUUGAACUUAGUUUGCACGCUUCCUUUUUUCAUGUGUUUUUGAACCUCACAAACUAUUGCUUCCCGUUUCCCACUUUUACCCCUCCCCAUUCAAUCCCACAGGUGGAGAGAAGUCCUCGACUUCUGCGUCGCCAGAGGAGUGCCUUAAUCCAACGUUGGGAGUCUGGAGCUAUUGGCAAUGUGGAGACCCAGGAUUAGUGGCUGCCACAGCCUGAAGAAGCAAUGGGUUGACC